GACGUCACCCCGUUAAACUUCCUCUCUCAGCCACACAGGAAACUGAGCAGAUCAGGGGCCCAGCUGCAAGCAAACACAGGCUCCCCCAGCCCCAGGAGCCCUAGGGGAAGGGCCCAGCUGGGCCAGCCGUGGAGACCAUGGGAUCCACUGAAAUCCCUCUCUUUGAAAACAGGGUCUCAGUAUAUAGUCCUGACUAACCUGGAACUCAUAUAUAGACCAAGCAAGCCUUGAACUCACAGAGAUCUACCUGCCUUUCCUUGAGGUUAAAGAAGGCAUCCCUCUGCUGUGUUUGACUGGUUCUUCGAAGCUGGCCGCCCCAACUCCCUGGAGGAGGAUCCCCUGAUCCUGCGGAAGUUCCCUCCAGACUUCCAGGAACAGGAGGCCAUGCAGAUGGUGCCCAGGUUCUGUUUCCCCUUCGACAUAGAAAGGGAGCCGCCCAGCCCUGCUGUCCAGCACUUUACCUUUGCCCUCACUGACCUGGUGGGCAACCGUAGAUUUGGCUUCUGCCGCCUGCGAGCCGGUGCAUGGAGCUGCCUCUGUAUACUCAGCCACCUUCCCUGGUUUGAAGUGUUCUACAAGAUUCUCAAUACUGUGGGGGACCUCCUAGCUCAGAACCAAGUCACCGAGGCUGAAGAACUCCUACAGAACUUGCAGCAACACCCCUAUCUUGGACCCGGUUUUUCAGGGGGACCAAAGACGGACAGCAGCAUCACCAGCUGGAGCGAGUGCGGGAUCUUGCCUCCUGCCCUGGGUAAUAGCAAGCUGCUUUCUUGUUUUGUGGCUCCGGAUGCUGCGGGCCUCCCAUCUAUUCCUGAGAAUAGGAACCUCACUGAGCUGGUGGUCGCUGUGACAGAUGAAAACAUCGUGGGGCUCUUCGCAGCGCUGCUAGCUGAGAGGAGGGUCUUGCUCACGGCCAGCAAGCUCAGCACUCUGACAGCCUGCGUUCACGCCUCCUGCGCUCUGCUCUACCCCAUGCGCUGGGAGCAUGUUUUGAUCCCCACGCUGCCCCCGCACCUGCUGGAUUACUGCUGUGCGCCCAUGCCCUACCUCAUAGGAGUCCACAGCAGUCUCGCUGAGAGAGUUCGGGAGAAAGCCCUGGAAGACGUUGUGGUGUUGAAUGCAGACUCUAACACCCUGGAGACGCCCUUUGACGAUGUGCAAGCUCUGCCGCCAGAUGUGGUAUCCCUGCUGAGGCUUCGGCUAAGGAAGGUUGCACUGAGCCCCGGGGAAGGGGUGUCUCGUCUCUUCCUCAAAGCCCAGGCCCUGCUCUUUGGAGGGUACCGUGACGCCCUGGUCUGCAUCCCGGGUCAGCCAGUGACAUUCAGUGAGGAGGCUUUCUUGGCUCAGAAGCCUGGGGCGCCCCUGCAGGCCUUCCACAAAAAGGCCGUACACUUGCAGCUCUUCAAACAGUUCAUCGAAUCCCGACUGGAAAAACUCAAUGCUGGAGAAGGUUUCUCAGACCAAUUUGAGCAAGAGAUCAUUGCCUGCUGCGGAGCUUCCUCAGGCACCCUUCGGUCCUAUCAGCUCUGGGCAGAUAGCCUUAAGAAAGGUAGUGAUGCCCUCCUGCAUUCUGUGAAAGCUAAAACCCGACCAGCGGUCAGGAACAUGUACCGAUCGGCAAAGAGUGGCUUGAAGGGUAUGCAGAACCUGCUUAUGAUUAAGGACGGAGACUCUUGCCUUCAGAGGGGGGGCUCCCUGAGAACCCCAAGCCUCACCAGCCGCUCAGACCGACUGCAACAGCGCCUGCCUAUCAGCCAGCACUUCGGACAGAACAGGCCCCUCCGUCCUAGCAGGAGACUCAAGCCGGAAGGGGGACCUUCUGAACCCCUGCAGGAGAGGAGCCCCACCUUGAACUCCAGGGACACUCAGAAUCCCUGGGCAGAGGACACUCUAGACGGCAGCUUCCUGGGGUCUGGAGAGGAGCUGGAUCUGCUGAGUGAGAUCCUAGACAGUCUGAGUGUGGAAAUCAAGAGUGGCGGCCAGCUGAGGGCCAGCCAGAGUCUGGACUGCUGUCAGCAAGGGGCCUCAGAGAGCUGUUCCAGCCUGCCUGACAUCCCAGUAGGGUCACCAUGGCAACUGGAAGAAGACAGAAGAUCCCAGGAUCCUCAGCUUCAGUCCCUGCCUGGUGACCUAUCACCGCUGCAGGACACCCCAUUUUCAGAGGUUGUAAGCUACUCAAAGAACUGUCCUCAGCCACCCUCAGAUAUCUCCUCUCUGCCUACAUCUUCAGCCACUUCAGCAGACCCUCCCAGCCAAAGGGACCCAGGGCCCUCUUCUUCCAGCAAGCUGGAUCCUACACCCUCACAAAGCCCUUGCUCCAGGACCCUCAGAGUCCCCACUCAGCCUACUCCCCCAAAAAGCCAACUUCUUGCCUCCACGGAGCCCAACUCUGACACUGUCCAGAAGUUACAACCCAUUCAGUCUCCCUUGUGCUCCCAAUCUAAAGAGAACCCCAGAAACCAGCCUCCCCAGGUUCUGCUGAGCCAGGCUUGUAUACAACCCCUCAAGGAGCUGGGAGCCCCCACUUCUUAUGUCUCUCAUGUAGGCAAGCACCAAGAGCCCCAGGACAGGCAACCUCGAGUUGCUGAUCUGAAGAAGUGUUUUGAAAAUUAAAAGGGUGAGGGGUUCCCAAGUCUCAAUAAAGUUGAAUUUGGUUUCCUUGAUAAA